AUGAUCGCGCAGAUGAGGCAGGACAGCAACCACGACCAGGCCAGGGAAAAAGAAGACACCGAGGCUGAUUUCCUCGACAAAGAGGCAUCACUCAUUUCCAACAUAAAAAAGAGCUCGAAGCGCGAAUGGGGCAGCCCUUCUUCCGUUUUAUCCUUUCGCUUUUCCGGCGAAGCUGAAGGCGAACGCGAGCAAGAAGACAGGCACCGGAAUAACGUCGUCCUGACACUACUUACCGUCGUCGGUGGCUUCUGGCUUCUCAUGAUCUCGUGUCUGGGCUUCAAAUUCUUUGGCGGCAAGUAUAAUCUCCGUGCUCCUGAUCGGCUGGCCGAGUAUAUCAACACAUCACCAACCGCUUCGACGCAGCUCUUCACCUUCCUCGGCGUUAUUUUGGGCGAGAUAACGUUAUUGCUUUGGGGCAAUGCCAUUGCUCACUUUGCCACGAGGCGUUUGGCAUACAAGCAGCCCAGAACAGAGCUUCUGACAUUUGCAGCCCUCAAUGAGAUGCUCCGCGCAGGCUAUACGCUCUCGAGACGCAGACCGCUUUGGCCAGCAGUCACCCUUUUUAUCUUCCUUACCAACACUUUCUUGCCUUCGGCUUUUUCGACGCUCCUCUAUCCCAAGCCGAUGGUGUACAUCGUUCCAUUUCACGGUGUUGAACUCGACGAACUGAGCGGCGACUUUGCAGCUGCAGUCGCCUUUAUGCCAGUGAGGAGUCUAGAAUAA